GACAGGAUCCAUGCCUCGAGAAUAAUGGGGGAUGCGAUCAUCAUUGUAACAACGAAGAUGAAACUAUACGAUGCAGUUGUUCUUCUGGAUUUAAGCUUCAGUCUGACGGAAAAUCAUGUAGAGAAGAAAAUCCUUGCCUCGUCAACAAUGGCGGAUGUGAACAGUACUGCCAUUAUAAGGAUAAAGCACUUUCUUGCAGUUGCACGGCGGGAUUUGUGCUACAAGCCAAUCGUAAGACUUGUAAAGAAUUGAAUCCAUGUCUAUCGAAUAACGGGGGCUGUGAACAAUUUUGUUUUUAUGAAAGUGGAAAACUGAGAUGUGAAUGUGGUGCCGGCCAUGAGCUUCAAGCAGAUGGAAAAUCGUGUAAAGAACGAAAUCCUUGUCGGUACAAAAAUGGUGGUUGUGAGCAAAUCUGUAUUAACGAAAACGGACGACAUCGAUGUGCAUGUAGUUCAGGAUAUGUUUUACAGCCCGACAGAACAUCGUGCAAAGAAAUCGAUCCUUGUGCGGAAGGAAAUGGAGGUUGCGCCCAUCUUUGCUUCAAAUCUAACUUCUCUAUCCGGUGCGACUGUCAUUUUGGAUAUGUGCUGAAAGAAGACGGGAAGUUAUGUGAAAAAUUAGACCCUUGCUCUCAUAAGAAUGGAGGAUGUGAUCAGAUCUGCCAGUCACGAAACGAUGAGCCAGUAUGCAGCUGUAGGACGGGCUAUGAUCUGCGACGAGAUGGAAAAACUUGCAAAAAAUUAAAUCCUUGUAAAUGGAAAAAUGGUGGCUGCGAACAAUUUUGUCACUUUGAAAAUGGAUCCAUCCGCUGCGAAUGUCGUUCGGGAUAUUCUCUGCAAGAAGAUGGAUACUCAUGUAAAAGAAUCAAUCCGUGUGAACGAGAAAACGGAGGCUGUGAGCAGCUCUGUCGUUAUGAAGCUGAAGUUUUAAGCUGCGAAUGCAGAGAAGGAUAUCUUUUGCAAGUUGAUGGAAAGUCCUGCAAAAGAGUGGAUCCUUGUGCAAAAGAGAAAGGCGGAUGUGAUCAAGUAUGUCGCUUUUUUAAUGAUCAAAUGCAGUGUGAGUGUUACGAAGGCUAUCAUUUACUGUCAGAUGGAAAAUCUUGCAAGCGAAUUAAUCCUUGCGAACGAAACAAUGGAGGGUGCAGCCAUAUUUGUUUGUUUCAAGAUGAUUCUAUGCGUUGCCAAUGUAACAAUGGCUAUCGUUUGCAAGAGGAUGGAAAAUCCUGCAAAAGAAUAGAUCCAUGUACCAUAAGAAACGGAGGCUGUUCCCAAAUUUGCCAUUUUCAAAAUGACGCUGUUUCUUGCAAGUGUUACGAUGGAUAUCUUUUGGAAGCGGAUGGAAAAACAUGCACGAGAAUCAAUCCUUGCACUAUAAAAAAUGGUGGUUGUACUCAAAUCUGCGAAUUUCGAGGCGCGGCAGUGUCCUGCAAGUGUCAUGACGGAUACCGUUUACAAGCAGACGAAAAAACAUGCAAGAAAAUUAAUCCAUGCACCAUCAACAACGGAGGAUGCUCCCAAAUCUGUGAGUUUCGGAAUGAUGUCGUAUCCUGCAAAUGUCGCGAUGGACACCGUCUGGAAAGUGAUGGAAGAUCUUGCCAAAGAAUCGAUCCUUGCACUAUAAAGAAUGGGGAUUGCUCUCAAAUUUGUGACUUCCAGAAUGGUGAGAUAUCUUGCUCGUGUGCCCAUGGAUAUCAAUUACAAGGAGAUGGAAAGACAUGCAAACGAAUCAAUCCUUGCACUAUAAAGAAUGGGGGUUGCUCGCAGAUCUGCGAAUUCCAGAAUGGUGAGGUAUCUUGCUCGUGUGAUCAUGGAUAUCAAUUGUUAGAAGAUGAAAGAACAUGCAAACGAAUUGAUCCUUGCACAAUAGAGAAUGGAGGUUGUUCUCAUAUUUGCCAGUUAAGAAAUGGCGCUGUAUCCUGUCAGUGUCACAAUGGAUAUCUGUUGAAAGAAGAUGGAAAUACAUGCGAAAGAAUUGAUCCUUGUACAGUAAAGAAUGGAGGCUGUUCUCAAAUUUGCUACUUAAAAAACGAUGUAGUAUCCUGUCACUGCCGUGAAGGAUUUAUCUUGAAAGAAGAUGGCAAAACGUGUGAAAGAUUUGACCCAUGUUCUGUGGAUAAUGGAGGAUGUGACCAUAUUUGCAUUUCAUCCCUCAGUACGGUUCAGUGCUUGUGUCAUGAGGGUUUUCAGUUACAAAGAGAUAAAAAAACAUGUCAAGAUAUAGACGAAUGUAACGAAACUCCUUGUAACCACAUCUGUCGAAAUACUUUGGGCUCUUUCGAGUGUUCUUGUAAAGAUGGUUAUGAGCUUGGCUCAAAUGGAAGGUCGUGCUUUAGGGUUGUGCAAGAGUUAGUCAGCUACUGUGUAAAGAAAAAUGGUGGUUGUGAACAAAAGUGUCUAGAAGGUUCCAAUGGUCGGAUUUGUUCUUGCUACAGAGGUUAUAAAUUAAACUCUGAUAAUAAAACUUGUUCAGAUAUUAACGAAUGCGAACAAGAAAAUGGAGGCUGCGAUCACAUCUGCACAAACACCGAAGGAUCUUACACUUGUGAUUGUUUUCCUGGAUACCAGUUAUUGGACGACCAGCGAAAAUGCGAUGUUAAAGAAGAUGAAUCUGAUUAUGGACCAGUGCGGGGCGAUCUUCCUGAAUCCGAGUAUGCAGUGAACAAGGCAAAAAGACUGAAGAAAUUAAAAGCUUUACCCCUAAGUGAUAGUCAUUACAAUACAAUCGGAACCUUAAUAUCUCAAAACAAAUGUAAAUCAGGAUAUUUUGGACCCACCUGCUCAUACACUUGUGAUCGCUGCAGAAAUGGUGGCAUAUGCAACUCUGACAAAUCUGGCUGCGUUUGCAAAGCAGGAUACAGAGGAGUGUUGUGCAACACCCCUUGCCAGAAGAGUACGUAUGGAAUAAACUGUAGAAACCGUUGUCAUUGUCACACUGAUGAAAUUUGUGACUUCAGAAGUGGAACUUGUUUGUGUCCAUAUGGAAAAGCUGAAGGGCAUUGUAAAAAGGGUUGUCCUAAAGGACGUUAUGGCAAACACUGUGAAAAGAAGUGUCAGAAAUCUUGCCCAACAGGUUUCUGCCAUCCUCUUCUUGGAUUCUGCAUCUGCCCACCUGGACGAACAGGCAGGAAAUGCUCUCAACAUUGCUCUCCUUUCAGCUAUGGGCCGAACUGCCAGUAUAAAUGCCGCUGCAUGUGGAAUAAUUCUAAAGCCUGUGAUACUCAGACAGGACAGUGCUUGUGCAAAAAAGAUUUCAGUGGUACAUAUUGUGAAGUAAGCUGUCCAGGAAAUGUAGCUGACUGUAUGCUUCAAGAUAGUAUUCCAGUUAUUGUUUGUAAGGAGGGGUUUUAUGGCCGCAGUUGUGAUAAACCAUGUAAUUGCGUGAAUGCUGUUUCUUGUGAUUCUGUCUCUGGUCAGUGCCAGUGCUUUCCAGGAUGGACAGGAUUGCAUUGCAAUAAAGCUUGCAGUCCUGGUUAUUUUGGUGAAAAUUGCAGUCAGAAGUGUUCUUGUAAGAAUAAUGCCACUUGUGAUCUUGUCAGUGGAAAAUGUCUUUGUCCUCCUGGAUAUCAUGGGACACAUUGUCGGGAGAGAUGCAGCCAUGGCCGCUUUGGAUCGAACUGUAAACAUAAAUGCAAGUGUUACAACAAUGCAGUCUGCGAUACUAAAAAUGGAGUUUGCCUUUGCCCGAGUGGCUUUACUGGGAGCCGUUGUGAACACUCUUGUCCACCAGGUUGGUAUGGACAUCAUUGCACAAAGCGAUGUGGUUGCUUGAAUUCAGGAAAUUGUAUGCCAGCCACUGGAGAAUGCCGGUGUCCUGCAGGAUAUACUGGAGAAGUCUGCGAACAUGUGUGUCCUAUAGGUCGAUUUGACAUCAACUGCACAAAAGAAUGCAAUUGCAGAGGCAAUCCAUGUCAUCCUGUAAAUGGAAUGUGCUUCUGUCCUCCUGGACUGACAGGGCAACAAUGCCAGACUGUUUGCCCAAGGAGAAGAUAUGGCCCUCAUUGUGCUUUCCGAUGCCGGUGUUAUAAUGGAGCUGAAUGCGACAGGUUUUCUGGAAAAUGCAUAUGUCCUCAGGGCUGGUCAGGAUCCUUAUGCCGAAUACAGAAAAGAGGAUUCCUAAAUUAAUGUUAUUUUAUACUAAGCAAGCAGUCAUAUUAAAAGAAUUAUCAGAAGUUCCUUGGAUGAAUAAAAUAACUUCAUCACAUCAUCAUUAUUAGAGUAUUGUGGAAGGUCACAAAAAAAAAUGAAGUGGACAAGAUUAUUUAUUAACAAUUUACUGAAAUAAUGCUUGAAUAAACUUUCAGAAGCUGAAUCAUUAACAAAUGUAUUACAUGUUGUUUUGUUUGUUUCAUUAAAAUUUCAUAUUACAAAAA